AUGGACAUCUUUAUGGCCUCCGAGGACUCAGAGGCGAAGCCCAUCUUUGUGGAGGACGGCAUCACCUACGUCUCCGUCAACCACAGCAACCUCAUCCUUCUGGCGGUGACCCCGAAGAACGCGGACGCGGCGAUGAUGCUGCUCUUUCUGUACAAGCUCAUCCAGGUGCUGGUGAGCUACUUCAACAGACUCGAGGAGGAGAGCAUCAAGGACAACUUCAUCAUCAUCUACGAGCUCCUCGACGAGAUGAUGGACUUUGGCUAUCCGCAAGCCACCGACGCCAAGAUUCUCAAAGAGUUUAUCACACAAGACUCGUACAAGCUUCAGAAGGAGGUGCGGCCGGCGCCCUCGCUGAGUACGGCGGUGCCGUGGCGCAAUGGCAGCGCCAAGUACGCGUCCAACGAGGUCUUCCUCGAUGUGAGCGCCAACGGAGCGGUGCUGCGUUCGGACUUGACGGGUCAGAUCAGGAUCAAGCCCGAGCUGUCGGGCAUGCCCAACCUCUCCCUCGGGCUCAACGACCGCCUGCAACUCGAGUCCUCCCUCACCGCCUCGGGCGGCAAGGGGACGGUGGUGAUGGAAGACAUCGCGUUCAAUCAGUGUGUAUCACUCACCGAGUUCGAAAGGGACAGGAUUAUCAGCUUCAUCCCGCCCGACGAGGAGUUCUCGCUGAUGACCUACCGACUCAGCACUCUCCACAUCAAGCCGCUCAUCUGGGUGGAAGCUAUCGUCAACGUGCACCAACACUCGCGCGUCGAAUAUCUCAUCAAGGCUCGAGCGCAGUUCAAGACCCGUUCGACGGCCAAGAACGUCAACAUCUUCGUGCCCGUGCCUCCCGACGCGGAUUCGCCCAAGUUCAGGACCAACUCCAGUAGUGGUUCCGUGAAGUACGUGCCAGAGAAGGACGCCAUCUGUUGGCAUAUCCCCAGCUUCCAGGGCGGCAAGGAGUUCCUGCUCCGGGCGCACGUCGCACUUCCCUCGACCGGCGGAGGCGAGGAAGACGCGCCGAGGUUCGCGCACCCGCCCAUCACCGUCCACUUCGAGAUUCCCGGUUUGCCUGUGUCGGGCCUUCAGGUCCGUUACCUCAAGGUCUUUGAGCGUUCAGGAUAUCAGGCACUCCCGUGGGUGCGCUACGUGACCAUGAGCGGAGACUACCAGUUCCGUCUGGCUUGA